GCUCCUUCACAACAAGAGAGGAAGAAGGCGCUCCAGCUGUGACCAAAUAAAGCCCAGCCGCCGUGGGCUUUUUUUUUUUAGAUCCUGUUUUUUUUGUUUUUAUUUUUUUUUUCUCCUCUUAGUCUCUCCCCCCCCCCCCCCCCUCUCUGAAGACACGCCAACGACAACCGACGUCCGUUGUUCCGUUGGUAGCCGUUGUUCGCACCGACCUAGCUUCGUCCUUCGCAGUCACAGUCGGCGGCGGCGGGGUUGCUGAAACAUACUCAUAAUAUUCGUUGUGGAAUAUGGCUCAGCAUGGGCACCAUGUAGCCAGUUCACAAAAAGCCUUGAUGCUGGAGAUGAAGAGCCUCCAGGAGGAGCCGGUGGAGGGGUUCAAGAUAACUUUGGUGGACGAGUCGGACAUGUACAACUGGGAAGUGGCGAUAUUCGGACCCCCGAGCACGCACUACGAGGGUGGUUAUUUUAAGGCUCGGAUCAAGUUCCCCGUCGAUUAUCCGUACUCGCCGCCUGCGUUCCGCUUCCUCACCAAGAUGUGGCAUCCCAACAUCUAUGAGAAUGGAGACGUGUGCAUCUCCAUCCUGCAUCCACCGGUGGACGACCCACAGAGUGGAGAACUCCCUUCAGAGAGGUGGAACCCCACACAGAACGUCAGGACCAUCCUGCUCAGCGUCAUCUCUCUGCUCAACGAGCCCAACACGUUUUCCCCGGCCAACGUUGACGCGUCUGUGAUGUACCGCAAGUGGAGGGACAGCAAGGGGAAAGACAGAGAAUACAUCGAGAUCAUCAGGAAACAGGUGCUGUCUACCAAAGCGGACGCAGAGCGGGACGGAGUCAAAGUUCCCACCACGCUGGACGAAUACUGCGUGCGCACCCAGGUCCCCCCCACAGACGACGGCUCCAACCUCUUAUACGACGACUACUACGACGACGAGGUGCUGGACGAAGACGAAGAGGAAGACAGCGACAACGGCUGCUACAACGAGGACGACUCCGGCACCGAGGACUCCUGACCACGCCUCGCUGUGACAUCACCCCUCCCCCCUCCUCCCAUGACCACAUCUGGUUUUCACCCACACACAUGCUCUAGUCUCCCUCCUGUGUCACGGACUGAACUUUAACUCAGACUCUGUGGGCACGGGGCCCAGCGUCUGUUACGCGCUGCACACUAAAGCCUGGCUCAAUGAAACCACAGCAGCAGAGUCCUUUCUGGUCCUUUCCUCUUCUUUUCCUCUUUGCUUUUAUUAUUUUUUUUGUUCUGUUAUCAGAGUAGAGGCCACACACACGACACACACACACACGGCAAGAUAAAUGUAAAGAACCACCUCUGCACUGAUACCUGUCAAAAUGUUAGAAAAUAGAAAGUCUUUUAAAGCCCUGAGACUUAUUUCCUCCACAGAUGUCAAGUGAAACCGAGCUUCCUUCGCCGCUGGGUUUCUCUCUUUUGCUACAGAUCAGAUCACUGUAAAACAGGAGCGGAUCUGCAAGGGAAGCUGAUUGGGGGGGGGGGCAGACUGUCCUGGCUGAGCCGUAUUAUAGGUGACCUCUGGUUAGCGCGCGGUUCAAAGCCCUGACUCCCCGUCACCUUUGACUUUUAGAGCCGCGGGGCUCAGGCCGCUCCGAAACGACGGGGGAAGUUAUCCAUUUCAGCGAGCUACUCACGCUUCCUUGUGCCUUUCUUUAAUCCCUGAUCUAAGUGACCAGUCCAGGCAAACCCCCCCCCCCCCCCCCCAUCAGAAAAGCGUUAUUCAAGCUCUGACCCGAGGCUGGAAAACUUCUGUUGGAUAACCUCUCUGCUUAUUUAUAGAGGCACCUGUUAGAUUUAUCCGGGCUGUAAGGUAAGAGCCGACAGCUGAACCCACGGGUGAAAUGUAGAUCACGCCGCCAGUGUGCUGUUUCGAAUUAAAAAGAAAUCUAUGCAGCCGGAGCUCCAGUUUCUGUUCCACGCAGUAAAAGCGGAGCCUUGCAGACCGAACUCCAGCCGGAGGGGAUCCCGUCUUUAGCGAGUCGUCGGUUCGUCACUCAAGAGCAGCACAGGUGUCCACAGCAGACGAGCUCGCCUCCUGCUGGCGGCGGUGCGCACAAGCAAGCAUGAUGAGUCUAUAUUGUUUUUGUUUUACCCCUGAGACGCUGGGCUGGAUUGCAGCCAUCUUGACUCGCCUGAAUCACUGAGCCCAGUUGGCCUCGGCUGAGAGGGGGGGGUUUCAGAAGAAUGGAUGCUGGCCGGUGGGACGUAGCGUGGGGCGGGACCUUGUACCCACAGCCGCCGCUAACGAGCAGCAGUGUUUAGAGUGGGAGUCUCAGCCCUACUGUAACGCCGGUGGUCUCAGAGACAGAGCGGGCGUUCAGAACGGGUUUUUACCCGAGCAUGAGCCGGACGCUGUGGUCGCUCACUAGCAUGCUGAUAGGUGUCUGCGGUCAUAGACGUGUCGUAACGGUUGGUGCGAGGUCCUCGGGUUUGAUUUCCUCUAAAACGGUCAUGGAGUGAGUGGGCUGAGGGUUGACUUCUGUUUUAGUUUUUCAGGGGGUUUAUUUUCUCCUCAAAUUUUGAUAUGAGCUGCAAAGAUUUAAUUAGUGUUUCAAUUGUUUGACAUGAUUUUUAAUUUUUAAACCCAAGUUUGUUGCGGAAGUACGGCGCGGUGAAAUGUUGAGGCAGAAACGCAAUUAUGUAAGAACCAAAAAAA